CGCAUUAGAGGAAUAUGCUCUAAGAUGGUUCGUGCAUUUCUUGGACGUCUUCCUCCGGUUUUGUUCCAGAGAACGUCCCAAAAGUUGAGGAGUGAGAACAGGACUUGGAACGUUUCUGCCCUCUGCACAGAGUUGACAAAACAGGUUCAACCCGCGGCAUCUUAUCAGUGACUUUCCUGCAACGUUGCCAGGAUACGUCCGCAAGUAGCAGCUUAGGCUGCUUUUGCUCUGAGAGGAGCAGGUCGAUCUCGAUCUCCGGAGGGAACCAGGCGCCGCUGCAGCCAUGGGUGAGUGGAGCUUCCUCGGCGGGCUCUUCGACAGCCUCCAGGCCCACUCGCCGAUGCUCGGCCGUUUCUGGCUCUUGCUCAUGCUCGUGUUCAGGAUACUGAUCCUGGGAACCGUGGCCAGCGACCUGUUUGAGGACGAGCAGGUGGAGUUCACCUGCAACACCCUGCAGCCGGGCUGCAAGCAGGUGUGCUACGACCAGGCCUUCCCCAUCUCCCAGUACAGGUUCUGGGUGUUCCACAUCGUCCUCAUCGCCACCCCGUCCCUGGUCUUCCUCAUGUACGCCACUCAUCACCACAACAAGAGGAUGAACCGCCCCAAAUUCUGCCAAAUUAGCGGCCUGGACUACAGGGAGGAACUCCAUCUCAGGCGGCUCUACAUCAUCAACGUGCUCUUCCGAGUAGUGGCAGAAGUGGGCUUUCUAGUGGGGCAGUGGUGGCUGUACGGCUUCAAGGUGGAGGCCCAGUUCCCGUGCAGCCGCUUCCCUUGCCCCUACACGGUGGACUGCUUCACCUCCCGCCCCGCCGAGAAAACCAUCUUCCUCUGCUUCUACUUCGUCGUGGGGCUGAUCUCGGCCCUCUCCAGCUGCGCGGAGCUAUUCUACAGCUCCCUCAAGUGGUUCUGCACGAGGCAGGAGCCGUACACGCCGGACCGCUCCUGCGUCUGCCAGAACCUCCACAACUCGAAGCAGGACGAGGCCGAGGCGAAACCGGACGAGGAGGCGGCCGCGUCAGUGAGCGUGCCCGGCAGCGCGCCCGGCAGCGUGAGGCUGAAGAGGGGGUCGGUGAGGAGCAGCGCCAGCAGGAAGACCUUCGGUGUCCCUCAAAAGCACAAGAGCAGCAAAUACGUGAGCACCAGGACCCUGAUGGUGUGAGGGGGUCACUGAUCCGCAGUGUUCCGCCGAAAGGAAAUUCAUCACAAGGACAUUCUUGGGAGUUAUCACGAGAUCCGGACUGAUAAGACGGGUGCAUGCAAGACAUUGCUGGCUUGUUUUGGUCUGAUGAGUCACUGCUGAUCCUGAGCAGAUUGCAAGGAUCGGAGUUUCUGGAAUAUACUUGAUUCACUUCUUUGACACUCGUCUUUUGUUCAGAGGCCUCGCCCUGUUCAGUGGAACAAUCCACCCAUUUGAACUUAAGUCGCUUCAGUUCAAGUAGUUAGGAGCUAUGUGUUUUUUGUAAUAUGGAGAGCGAGUCCAGGCAUAUCAAAAUAUUUUUUGACGUUCAUACAUUUUCUUUUUUCUCUAACAGUUAGAAACUGGUCACCGCAGUGGAUGUGAAAUGUCAGCAGCCAGUUAGUUAGCAAGUACAUUUACUCAAGUAUUGUAGUUCAGUAAAAUUACUUACUUGUACGGGGGUACUUUUUACUUGAAUUUAUCUGAUGUCUAAAGUUAAUUUACAGGGGAUCAGGAUGUUGAAACCUAUCAAACCUGUGGAUGUACUGAAUGAUAGAAAGUACAGUCAGUUCCGAUACAGUAAAUUAAAAAGAAAUCAGCGCUACCUCAGUCCGCCACAAAAUUUGAAUGCUGCUUGUGUGGUGUUGGGUCAGCAAUAAUUCCUGCAGCAGAGCAUAAAAAGUAGGCCAUUUAGGGAUUAGAUUACAUUAGAUUAGGUAUUAUAGGUAUUAUAGGUAUUUUUUUUUCUGAAGAAAUAACUUUUUUCCUACUAUUUAAUUAAAGGUUGGAAUUUAGCUGUUUUACUCAAUAGUAACGUAGAAGUUGAGUAUUUUUUAAUUGAGAUAAUGCUGCUUUUGCACAAGUAAAAUAUUCAAAUACUUCUUCCACCACUGCUCAUUGGCAAUAAAUUGAGAUUUUGACAUGAAUCAUCAUCAUUUUGCAGCAUCGCUGUCAGUGCACUUGAAAUAUUAAUUGUAAUGUGUGAUGUAGUAAACACGAAGCAGAAUUGUAGAGUGAUGAACAGCUCCUCAGGCUGAUUUCUAUGAAAUCCACUUACCAGCACUUUCCACCAUCUUUUCCGUCUUUCCGGGCCCGUAAAACCAGCAAGUCACGGUGAAGCAGUUAUUUCUCUUUAGCUUCCUGGAACAAAAACUGAUUUCCCCUUGUACCAGUCUUUGUGCUAAGAUUAACCAGUCCACUGCUGGCUUCCUUAUUCAUAAAAUAAUAAUAAUGAUAAAAAAAAAGAAAGGUCAGAAAUAGCAAUUAAGAGAUGCAUUAAAGGUUAAUGCAUCUGUUGCUAAAGAUUUAUAAUGAAAUGCUAUAUAGUUGGGUAGUCACACUCUUAUGGAAUUUUUAUACCAAUUUAAUAGAGAUGUUUUACUUGGCAACAAAUGAACAAUAAAAGUCAGGUGUUUUUCAACCAAAA